GGCGGGGCCUGCCAUCCGGGCGCGAGGUCCGCUUUACCCUCCCGACCGAUACCUUAAGACCCCCUCGACGCUUCUGUAACCGCGCCGCGGAGCCGCCGAAACGCCGGGGGGAACGCCGCGCGCGACCCUCUCGCCGCUCUGAAAGGACGCGGCGACCGUUCGCUCGCUCGCGUUUCCCGCCUUUUCGAAGGAAUCGCUCUUGCCCGCGCGGUUGCACACCAGCCUUUCCCCGCCUCAGACCACGUCGCCUGACGGAUCGCUCGUUCUCGGCCGAGGGGAGGCAGAAUCCUGACAUCUGUUAUGAAAACCUGCAAUUAUGUUGUACAAAAGCAAUCUCGCUAGUUUUGCUUGUAAAUAUAUAUAUUUUUUUGUUUUGUUUUAGGUAUAUUUUAAUCUUUCUAGUUAUCAAAUACCUUGUAAAUGCAGAGAAAUAGGCGUUUUAAGAAGUAGCUUUUGGAUUUCAACCAACGAAGUCUUUUCGCUCUCGGUGUGUGAAUGUGCAGAAAUACUACGGAGAAAAUCAUGUAGCAAAACAUGGCCCUCGGACAUGCCCCACUUCCCUUUAUCUUCUGCGGUCUGCACACACACACAGGUAUAUACACACACACACACACACACACACACACGUAUGUACACACACUGUCACUCAAUCACACACACACACGUAUAUACACACGCACGCAAUCAUAUACACACGCAUGCACGCACACGUGUAUACACACAUACACGCAUGUACACACACACGCACACAAAUCAUCUACGCACACCAAAUUUGUUGGUGUGAGCCUUUCUGUUUUGGGCUAUUCAGCAGAGUGGACUUGUCCCACUAGGAGAAAAAUGUCUUCUUUUUUUUCCACGAGCCCUUUUAAAAUCCAAACCACUGUAGCGCACCUGCUAAACAUCGUAGUCAGACACACGACAUGUCAAAAACUUUUUUUUUUCCUUUUUGGAAACGAAACCCCCUUUUUUUCAGAUUCGUCGUAGAUUCGCGUGAUUACAUUGCACCCGGGCGAGGUUUUUGCACGUGUGAUUGAGGAAGCCGGUCAUGUGAGACGUCGGCGCGUACAGGGGGCGGGGCUGUGGGGGGAACGCCGUCUGUCUGUCACAUGCUGAAAGCCGUCUGCUUUUGCUAAGCGUUCUUACUGAUUCAGAAUGACAUUUCCUACUACAUCUAUAAUUGUAUUCUGAUUCGCUCUGGGUUUUUUUUUUUUUUUUUUAACUUCGAGGUUAAUGCUUUUUUUUUUUUUUUUUUUUUUUUGUACUUGGCUGUAUCAUGUGAGUUUCUCGGUGUUUGAAAGCCAACAUUAUGGAAUACAUUUAUCAGGGGAGGGGCACGGAGGAAGUAGAAUGUAUCGCUGUACAGCUAUUAAAACAAAAAUGACCGAACUAGAAGCUCUCUCUCUCUCUCUUCUGUAUCGCUUGCUUGCGGUUGGAGGCUUGCAGGAAGUUCACUUCCUGGACCCGGGCUGUUUUUUAAACGCUCCCGUCGCUGCCGCGCGGAGAUACACGACCACGGAAUUUCGGCGGCGCGUUCCUCAACCCCUCCGCCCGUACCCUCAAACGACCUCCUGCCUCAGGUCGUCCCUCCCGAACCCACGCCCUCAUAUAAUCAUCGUCGUCGUCAUCAUCAUAUCAGGAAAAACGUGGGAAGCUCCAUGUUUCAGAGGUUAGCUGCAAACAACACAACUCCAAACUCCAGCUGGACCACGCCUCAGCGCGAUUACGCCUGGCCCGCAUCCAGCAGCGCACCGUAUGGAAUGGAUCGGCUGCCGCCUGACACAAGCCGCAUAAUCUUCUGCUUUUAAUACAUCCACGCUUGCGCCCCGUAACCCUGUCCUGCAAUACGGCGCAACGUGGUGAUAUAUGAUACAUGUGAGAAAGUAAGAAAAUAAAAUCCACCGUUGCUUUUUCCCAUAUGUGGCAGCUAACGGAGCACGACCAGCAUGCUCGCUCGUUCUGCUUCUGACGUCAGACAGUGAGAGACGAGCUAACGCGCUGUGUCCUUCUCCUCCAUUGUGAACUGAACGAUGCGGUCUCUGGCAGCCAUCGUCACCGCCCAGUAGAGACCCCAGCAGAAGUGCCGAGCACAACGACCCCCUCGAGGGAGACAGAAAGAGAGGGUCAGAAACGAGCCCUGUUCACGCGCCUGUUUUCAUGCUUUAGCUAGCCGUGCAGACCCAGUGCGAGACCGCGGGAUACGGAAGAAACCGAGGAAACGGGAGCUCGCCUAUUUUGGUGAGAAAGCAGAGCCGAGGUUCGUCUAACGAUGGGAUGUACACUGAGCGCUGAGGAGAGAGCAGCUUUGGACAGGAGCAAAGCAAUCGAGAAAAACCUCAAAGAAGAUGGAGUCAUUGCUGCUAAAGACGUUAAAUUACUCCUGCUCGGGGCCGGAGAAUCAGGCAAAAGCACCAUUGUGAAACAGAUGAAAAUCAUCCAUGAGGACGGUUUCUCUGGCGACGAUGUGAAGCAGUACAAGCCCGUGGUCUACAGCAACACCAUCCAGUCCCUGGCGGCCAUCAUCCGAGCCAUGGACACACUGGGACUGGAGUACGGAGACAAGGGGAGGAAAGCAGACGCUAAGAUGGUGUGCGACGUGGUGAGCCGCAUGGAGGACACGGAGCCCUACUCCCCCGAGCUCCUCGGCGCCAUGAUUCGCCUCUGGUCCGACUCCGGCAUGCAGGAGUGCUUCAGCCGCGCGCGUGAAUACCAGCUCAACGACUCCGCCCAAUAUUACCUUGACAGCCUGGAUCGCAUUGGAGCGGCAGAUUACCAGCCUACAGAGCAGGACAUUCUCAGGACCCGAGUCAAGACCACAGGAAUCGUAGAAACGCACUUCACUUUCAAGAAUUUACAUUUCAGGCUGUUUGAUGUGGGAGGUCAAAGGUCAGAGAGGAAGAAGUGGAUCCACUGCUUUGAGGAUGUGACGGCCAUCAUCUUCUGCGUGGCCUUGAGUGGGUAUGACCAAGUCCUGCACGAAGACGAGACCACAAAUCGCAUGCACGAGUCUCUCAUGCUCUUCGAUUCCAUCUGUAACAACAAAUUCUUCAUCGACACCUCCAUCAUCCUCUUCCUAAAUAAGAAAGAUCUGUUUGCUGAAAAGAUUAAAAAGUCCGCACUGAACAUCUGUUUCCCUGAGUACACAGGCCCCAACACCUAUGAUGACGCAGCAGCUUACAUCCAAUCACAGUUUGAGAGCAAAAACCGCUCCCCCAACAAAGAAAUCUACUGUCACUUGACCUGCGCCACGGACACGGGCAACAUCCAGGUGGUGUUUGACGCCGUGACCGACAUCAUCAUCGCCAACAACCUGCGGGGGUGUGGCCUGUACUAAUGAACACUUGCUCUUACUCUAUGGCCGUCAUUUUGGUACUGAAGUGCAAGUUGGUUAACAAGAAUGAGGGUUCUUAACAGGUACAUAUACAUGCACACACACGUGUGUGUGUACGUAUAUGCGUGUGUGCGUGUGUGUGUGUAUGUGCAGGUAUGUCUGUGUGUAUGUGUGUAUAUAUAAGUAUAUUUUAUUCAAUUUUUUAAGUUUGUCUCUAAGAGCUGCCAACAGCGGAUUUCUUAUAGAAACCCUUUUAGCAUUUUUUUUUUUUGGUUGGUCUGUUUGUCACCCUCUUCUCACUGUGUCUUUACAAAAAAAAAAAAAAAAAAAACAGCACAUUUUUGUUUUACAUAAAGAAAUGUGUCUUCAUUUAAAUUUUUAAAUGUUUAACUGUUAAUUGUAUGUAAUUUAUUAUAUGAAUAUGAAUAUGUGGAUAUGUUGACCUGGACACGUUUUGGUUGAGAAAGAGGAUGGUAAUUAGCCGGGAUAAUAAGUGCAGAUUUCCAAAUUUGUUCGGCUCAUCUCCUGGUGACGCUCAGAUCUGCAUUUCCUAGCAUGCUUUGUGUUCUCUUGUGGAUCAGCCAAAAGGGGUCUCCCAGGUGCCACCCUGUCUCUGAGGCAGGUCUUGCUAUUGGCCAUGCCCCUUCGAGGGCAGGCCUUAGCGCUCUGUACUGUUAUGAGGCCUAUUAGCCAAUGAAAUUUCAGAAAAGUGUCCUAUCUGUGCCAGCCUGGAAAUGGCAUGUAUGGGAAUAGCACUAGAAUCACUAGGUUACUGAAGAUCUGUUUAAAUAUUAUCAUGUAAUGACUUGUAAUUUUUUAUUGUCAUUGGUAAAGGUCAUUACUUACUGAUGUAAGUACACACCAGCUUCAUGUCCAUGAUAGAUGUAACACACAUACACACACACACACACGCUCUGUCACAAAUACACUCAUACAUGCACACACACUCAUACAUGUACAUGUUGAUGCACACACCCACUCGGUCACUCACAUUUUCACACAAAUACACCCACACACGCACACACGCUGAUACACACUCUCUCGGUCUCGCUCACAUGUUCACAUACAUAUACGCACGCGCAAACAAACACACACAUACACACAUAGACACACACCUCCCAUCAUAAUCUUUCACUUCUUUACUUCCUGUUUUUAGUUGUGUACAUCUCCUAUUGAUCCUGUUCCACACAUAGCAUGAUUCGCCUGCUUUUUUUAAAAACAAGUAUAAGCAAAAUAGUGCUCCAAAAACUCAAAAUCCACCAAAAAAAAGGAAAAAAAAAAAAGAAAAAUUAAUAAAAGCUAAUAAAAAAAGAGAAAAGACACUGGCAGGGGAGACAGACAUCAUUAUUGUUAUUGUUAUUAUUAUUAUAGUAAUAAUAAUGCUGUAAGGGUCGGUCUUCUGUGCAUUCUGUGCAUUGUAGCUGAAGAUGAUUUUAUCUCCUCCUGUGCGUGUCUCAGUUGGCCCUGUUGCUUUAUCUGUCUCCCUGACCCAAGUCUGUACUUACUGGGAAAUGUGACGUGGAAAGAAUAGUCAUAUUGGAGUGUGUCAGGACCUGAAAUAUUUGGGAUUUGGGACGGACCUGAACGUCGUGCGGCUGCGCAAGUAAACGUGCUGCUUUGCACCGCGCGUCCGGACACAGGUAAACACACUUUACUCCGCGCGUCUGUACAAGUUAACACACUACACCGCGCGUCUGUACAAGUUAACACGCUGCGGGCUGCACAGCUGUAUGGGUUCACGCUGUUGUGCAUCGCGUAGCCUGACAGGUUGACACACUUGGCGAUGUGCGGCUGUACAGGGUUACAGUUCACGCACUUUGAGCUGUGCGGUUGCACAGGUUAACGCUAUUGUGCGCCUUGUGUCUGAACAGGUUAGCGGGUUUCGCGCUGCGUGCCUGUACAGCUUAAUUUUGCGCCACGUGAGCUGUACAGGUUCACGCGUUUUGCGCUCAACGGCUGCACAGGUUAACGAGCUUUCUCUUAGUUAGUUUUGUAACUUGAACUGGCACACACCUGGCAGGUACAUAGAAAAGCACAGCUCUCACUCACUGUCCGAGAGACCUCUCCGGCUCUGAAUAAAGAAUCUUGUACAUAAUGACA